UCCCACAACACGCCAGUGCCAUUAGUUUCGCAAACUGCUGUAAUCUAUUCAGGCACACGCCCUGGCAACGCAAAAAUCCAUGGAAUGUCCAAAGUGGAUGCCGAGCAUAUUGUGUAUGCCGCAGUUCAGGCUCGUUUUGGUAUCAGUUCCCUCGACAAAUGGAACGACAAGGAUGGCUACUUUCAUUACAGCGACUUUUACACCAGGAUCACAUGUCUCAUUCACAACAGGAACUUCGAUGGGGAAUGGGUUGACUCACUACUAGCGCAUUAUAACGAGAUACUGUUUGGCAAUGAAAACGGUGCCAAACCGUCUCAUUCCGAGAACAUCGACUGUUCGGAUGACGACGACAUGAUCGCAAUGGAACGCCAACUCGCCGCACGCGCUUCACGAGCUUCCAGAUCCACGGAUCCAGCUCCUACACAAUCUUCAGUGCCCCAACAGAAGCCACGUCAGGACCCCCUACCUCCGCCGCCUCAAAGGCCCACUCCAGACUCACCAAUCGCCCUUGCACCUGUCAAUUCCCGCAAUGAUGCACAACGCGCAGUCUCACCACUUCCUCCUUCGUCUCCUCAAGAGUCUGUUAGCAACACGCCAGUCAUUUCACGCAAGCGCAAGAUUGUCUCUGCACCCGUUGACGACUUGUUCAACGAUGACAGUCCUUUGACAGAGGAAGAAGAGCCGGAGGUCAUUCAGCCUGCAAGGCGCGGACGGAAAGGGUGGGAAGGCAGUCAAGGCUGAUCAUUCGCUUGCCGUUCGGAAAGUAGGAUAUGGAUGGAAUAGCCUUUUUGUGACCCUUCAAGGUCAACACGUGUGUCAGAGUCAGUUUCUUUGCUGCCACGGUAGCCUGUGGCGAUCCGGAAUAC